CCGCUCCACAGGCGCCAGCGGACCUGGGAGCGGAGUAGCGAGACGCGCCUGUCCCGCGUGUCCUGCCCAGCGGAGGGUCCCGAGCGGCUCCCGCGUGUCCCGCCCAGCCGUGCCAGGUAAAAGGACACAGAAAAGAAGAUGGACUGGGGAACUCUGCAGGAGGUUUUAGGAGGUGUGAAUAAGUACUCCACCAGUAUCGGGAAGAUAUGGCUCACAGUCCUCUUCAUCUUCCGUAUCAUGAUCCUGGUUGUGGCUGCAGAGAGAGUCUGGGGAGAUGAACAACAAGAUUUUGUCUGCAACACGCUUCAGCCUGGCUGCAAAAAUGUUUGCUAUGAUCACUUUUUCCCCAUCUCUCACAUCAGACUCUGGGCCCUGCAGCUGAUUUUUGUCUCCACACCUGCACUGCUGGUGGCCAUGCAUGUGGCUUACACCAGGCAUGAGAAGAAAAGGCGAUUCAGAAAUGGUGAGAAAAUUGAUAUUGAAGAGCUAAAAAAUGAAAAGAUUCACAUUCGGGGCCCCUUGUGGUGGACAUACACCAGCAGCAUCUUCUUCAGGAUUGUCUUUGAAGCUGUCUUCAUGUAUGUAUUCUAUUACAUGUAUGAUGGCUACCAGAUGCCCCGCCUGGUGAAGUGCGACGCCUGGCCCUGCCCCAACACUGUGGAUUGUUUUGUGUCUCGGCCCACUGAGAAAACCACAUUUACUAUUUUCAUGCUUGCUGUAUCUGGGAUCUGCAUGGUGUUGAAUCUGGCUGAGUUGUGCUACCUAGUGAUAAAAAUUUGCAUGAGAGAAUCCAGAAAAACUACAGUUUUGAAAUAAGUCCCCAGUUUCAGGAUUUACUGACUCCCCAUUUCCUGUAAACUUUCUUAGGUGUAAGAAAACAAUAAGCAAUAUUUUCACACUCAAGGAAAAGGAUAAAAAAAUGAACUUUUCUGUUUUAAAAGUGAUAGCCUCCCUGGGAAGCUGAUGCUGAGGCAGGUUUGAAAGAUCAUAAGAUAAUUCAGUAUUCCUGCAUCCACAAUUAGAGCAGCCUUUUGGCACCAGCUUCUCAAAGUAUGCUUACUGCUGGGAUCCUAUUGUUGGGACAAUUAACUCUUCAAAUAGUGGGAGUGGAAGGACCAGAGAAGGCUCUAGCGUCCAGAGGAGAUCCAGGAAUCACAAACACACUGUGAGACUCAAAGGCAAAACAAUAUCAAAGGUUUUUGGUUAAAAGUGGGGUACAGGAUUUUUUGGGGCACAUCACAGCUUCUGAGAAGGAAGAA